UUCUUCUUCUAGCUCCAACAAACACUUAGGCCGGGCGCCAAUUUCCUUCCUUCUCGACAGAAAAGCUGGUGUAAUAUCUUUUCCUGAACCCCGGAAGUCCCAACUGGGCACCAAUUGCUACGAAAUGCCUUCCGUGCCCACUCCGUCAAAAGCUGGCAUCAUCGAGACGAAUUCCGGUGAGCGACAUAUUCCUGCUUCCGUACGACCCGACGGAUCGCAGCGAAAGGAAAUCAAGAUUCGUCCAGGGUAUAAACCCCCAGAAGAUGUCGAGGUCUACAAGAACCGCACUGCAGAAUCGUGGAAGACUCGAGGUAGUGGAGGCGUCCCAGGCGCGGAGGGUUUGAAGGACGAGAAAGAGGGUUCGGCGGCUAGCAAUAAGAACGCAAAGAGAAGAGAGGCACGCAAGAAGGCAAAGGCUGCAGAGGAAGGGGGCGAGAAGGCCAAGGACGGGGCUGAAGUCGUAGACAAGCAAGAGGCUAUGGUGGUCGAGGAUCCAGAGGCUGAAAAGGAAAAGAAGGCUAGGGCUCUGAAAAAGAAGUUAAAGCAAGCCAAGGACUUAAAGGAAAAGAAGGAAGGUGGCGGUGCACUUCUACCGGAACAGUUCGCAAAAGUCAUCAAGAUCAACGAAUUGAUUCGAGAGCUUGAUGCUCUAGGAUUUGAUGCGGAGGGAGAGCCAAAAGCUGUAGCUGAGGAGAAGAAAUGAUGAGAUUUUAGGUCAUUUAUGAAUCUUGUCCACUGGCGUUUGGGACAACAUGGUAGAGGACAUAUGGGGCGUGUUUUGGCGUUCGGGGUUGGUCAUUACAGGCGUUGAAUUCGGCUUUGCGUGUUGGAAUUUCGAAGAUACUUGACGAAUUCAAGCGUGGUAUUCUGAAUAAUACAAGAUCCUAUUGCAGACAUCUUUCAAUGCAUAGCCUACUGGUUUCAUGCAG